UUGUCUUAUUUAAUAUAGUUUCUUGCUUAACAAUAUUGUAGCUACGUAUUUAUUUGUGUUGUUCAAUCGGUUCCGUGUGAUUGUUUUAAUUUUUAGAAAAUAUAGAUAUCAAACUAAGAUCACUUGUUGAGUAAUUCAAAGCAAAACUUCUAUUUAUUUUCGUUGUUUCCUGUUGUAACUACAGUUUAGGUUAUGGAGGCGUGAAGUUUAUAUUCACUUCAAAAUUCAACAUACUGAUCACAGGUAAAUAUAUGGACUAAUUUAAGAUUUAUCCUUUCUGUGGUUUUCAAAUAUGAUCGGAACUUGCCUACUGUGUGUAAUUUUUACAAUGCGUCUUCCGAUUAACUCGUGUACUGUAGAUGUGACACUUGAUGAGUAUGAAUUCUUAGCAAAUCACCUGACCAUUGAUGAAUGCCAAAAACUCGUUGCUUCACUAUAUUUCAAAUCAUUCGAGCUGGACAGGGACGUGGAGAAUGCGGAGGAUGCCGUACCAAUGGACGUCGGUUGCCUCAAGCUACUGUUGCACUGGAACUCUGCAGUCGGUGAGGGCAGGGGGACGUCCCACGAGAAGUUGUCACUGCGGUUGCGACAAAUGGGGAGGGCGGACUUGUCGUCUUGGCUGGACUCUGCAGUUCUGGAGGAGUUGGACGAGGGGAUCGACAAAGCAGUAGACGAUUUCCAAGACCACGAGCUCCAAGAGACAGAGAAAGGUCUCAGCACCGAAAAUGAAUCAUACUCCAUCAACGCUCCUACUAGCGUUCCUCCUACUAACUUGACCAGAAAAAAACCCUUGGAACCCGAAAGCGACUCCUGGUUUGAUAUUGCCCUGACAAUUAUCGUCAUUGCUGUGGUUGUCUCUGUUAGUGUUUAUUUAUAUUGCAAAAUUAAUUCGUUUAUUGAAAAAAUAAAAUACGAGAAAUUGGCUACAAAAGCCUUCACUAUAUCCCCAACCAAGAAGUCAGAAAGAACCGCAACCAAGAAGAAAACUUUACGUUCGAAUAAAAAGUAUAAGAAGAUUCCUAAAAAAUAAAAUUCACACCAUUCCAGGCAAUACAUAUAAAGAGUUUUAGACUUAUUCACCAAUUUAUUCACAUUGUGUAUUGAUUAUUCUGUUCUGCCAUUAUUAAUGUGAUAAAAUAUUCAUCUAUUUGAUUAUUAAGUUAGUGAAUUUAUAUAUACCUGUGUAGAAUUUGCUAUAUACGAAUUCGCUGAAACGUUUUCAUAAUUAUAUUAUGUACGUUUUAAAGGGGCAUACCCAGGGGGAAUGACGGGGAAAUCAAUUUCCUUCCAACAUUCCGUUUAUAAAUAUCUUCAGGAUAGAA